GAAAUCUGUUUUGCCCACAGUUUCGCUUGGGGUUGCACAAAGUUCGCACGACGUUACCUUGGCUGCGGCACUGCGGAAAGCAUGGCAAACGCUUUAGUUGAUAUUCCACAAGCUGAGUGGAGUGAGCUGCGCGAACUCUACGUAGGCCAAAAGAAGCUAGCCUCUGCUUACAAUACGUUGCAAUGUCUGAUUGACUGGAAAACGCAGGACGAUGAGCUCGAAAUUAAUAUAUAUUCUUUAAAUGGGGAUUGGCGUAGCGAUGGCACCUUUGUGGCUAUUAAAAAGAAACCUGUAACCUAUGUGUUUAUCAACACUUUGAGUGACAAUCAAGAGCGUUUGCUUACAGCGCUUAGAACGCUGAAGAACAAAGAACCACUACUGGUAUUUGGCUACCCCGAACGUCUCAUGCCGACCGUUGAGCAAUACUUUGUAGACAGAGGUGGAAAGAAAGAGGAUUUCAUAUCAGAUGGUACGGCUUGGUAUCACAUCGACAGGGAGAAGGCGACUCAGUUCACAGUAGAUGUGCCUGAGGGUUUUACUCUACGGCGAGUGCAACCCAAAAAUGCCGAGCAGGUGAAUAGCGUGUGGCCGCAUCGUAUGCCUAACACUGUACUGUUCGUGGAACGUAUGAUUCGUAACGCUGACAGCGUGGGUGUCUACGAUGCAUCAGAUAACUUGGUGGCCUGGUGUUUGCGAUUACCGAUCGGUUCGUUGGGUUUACUGCAAGUAUUGGAGUCUCACAAGCGCAUGGGAUUUGGUAGUUUGGUAGUGCGCUCAAUAUCCAAAUUGAUUGCAUCCAAAGGACUUGAAGUCACCGCCCCCGUUGUCUUCCAAAAUGUGGCAUCACGCUCAAUGUUCGAAAAACUGGGCUUCAAGGUAAUCGAUAACGUUUAUUGGUCCCCCUUACCGGAAGCAAAGUAAAUUUUAAAUAUAUAAAUGUUAGUGCUGCAGUGAAAGCUUGUCAAAUAAGUGAUUACCAUGAGUUACAUGUCUAAUAAAAAGUAUUAUUGAAAGGA